AUGCAGACUAGAAGACAUGAUUAUGCAGCGAAUCCGAGAUCUCCACCAAAACGAAGAAAGCGAACUCCACGGAACAAACAAACUCUACCUGAACUAGCUACUUCGAGUAAUCUUCUGCCAUCCUACGAUUUAUCCUUACUACCUCCGCUUCCCCCAUCUCCACUCAACCUUAAUCUUUCAAUACUUCCUCCUUUACUUGAUUCACCGACUGAUCAGAUUGAGUUAACUUCGACGCUUCUUCCUGAAUCAUCACAAACCCAUUCCCACAUUCCAUUACCUCCAUCUGAUUGUAUUCAAUCUUGUGAAUCAAAUACACAAGACGAAUUUGCUUUAAGUAUACCUUCUACGUUUACGCCCGAAUCGGAGAUCGCAGACAGUCUCUCACGGUUAACUCUUACCGAUAAUCCUACGAAACCCUACUACACCGUUACUAGACAACUUACACAGCCCUCUCCACUAUCUACGCUACCUUUUGAAAACCCUACGGAAUUAUACAACCCCAACCCGAUUAUUUUCCCUGCACGUUACUUCAUAUCAAACAUGUCUACCGAGCAGAAACAAACAUCAACGACCUUACCUCACGAUCAGAGCUCGAUCACUGCGCAAGACAUCACAGAGGCGAAAGAAAACCUGGGUGAUGAGAUUAAAUUCGAAUCACUCACCACGAACGGUUCUAACUUCAUUGAGUGGAAGAAGAACACCGCACGAGCAAUAAAAGCAUUACUCGGAAUCAAAAACUACUGGGAGGAAAGAUUACCAGUCUUGACUUACAUUGAUCGCAAACGAGACGGCUUAGCAAUGAGUGUGAUAAACAACACUAUCCAUAAUACUUUAAAGAACAUAACGGAUGAUGCGGAUUCAGCUUAUGAUGCAAUGGAUGCUCUGCAAAAUCAUUUUAGAAGAGGUGGACGCACAGCACAGUUUUCACUUUUCAAUCGUUUGAUGAAUUUACGCUUAGACUUAAAUGAGACCAAAAUGAUAAAUCAUAUGUCUAAGGUUGACUCUCUUGUUUCUGAAAUCGAAUCUACUGGAUUUAUAUGGAACUCAGAAUCAAUACGAGGUUUAUUUUACCAAAUUGUCAUGCCUCCUGAAAUGACUAAAGAAAUCAAUAAGGAGCUAGAUAACAAAUACGACAAGACAACUCCUAAUUACAAAUUGAAAGACAUUAAAUCUGCGAUUCAAAUUACAAUUUCACUCCUCGCUUUACCCCUAAUCGAACUGCACCUAAGAUCGACCCGAUGA